AUGGUGAAGACGGUGGAGGGUGGAAUGGAUGAUUGUGGUGAGAAGGCCGCUGUUGUCGAGGAUUGUGGGGUGGGAAGUAGGAGUAAGGGGUUGAGUUCUCCUACUUCUCUCUCCUCUCCUUCCUCUCCUACUUCUCCUUCCUCCCCUUCUCCACCCUCUCCUCCCUCUCCCCCACAAACCCAGAAGCGCAAGCGCUCAUCCACCGCCUCAGACUCAGACUCUACAUCCCCCCCACACACCAAAAAAGCAAAGAGCAAAACCGUCAGAUUCGCACCCGAGGUCGUGUCGCUGCUUUAUGUUAGUGGCUGGGAGGACGGAGACGAAGAUGAGUACGAAGAUGGAGAAGAAGAUGGAGAAGAAGAUGGAGAAGAAGAUGGAGAAGAAGAUGGAGAAGAAGAUGGAGAAGAAGAUGGAGAAGAAGAUGGAGAAGAAGAUGGAGAAGAAGAUGGAGAAGAAGAUGAGAUGCGGGAUUUGUUUGAGGAAUGA